CUGUCCAACCUCGGCAUCAUGACGGUACGGCUACUACCUGCUAUUAUAGAAUGCUUUAAGAGCGAGUACGUAUCAGUUAGGAUUGAAGCUGCAAUGGCGGUUGGUCAGUUAAGAAUAACAGACAAAAAGAUGCUCAGUGAGCUCCUCCUUGUCGCCAGCAAUGAUCGUAGCUGGAAAGUCAAAGCUCAUGCCAUGGAAGCUAUAUUCACCUUGCAAACCCUUGGUGUCGAGCCGACAGGAGACUUAGAGAUGAUUGAAGCAAUAAGGAGAGAAGUUCAAAGGCUGUGUACUCGGGAUGCAAUAGUCUCUCAUAUCUUAGAAGAAGAUAACGUCGAAGCGUAUAAUAAAGAUUACAAGCGAUUAUUUACUACGUCAGACAAAGACAAACCACCAACUCCAGCAAAACCUGAAUCACGAGGUGUCAGCAGGGAGARGGUGGUGACAUCACGUGCUACAGUCAGAUCACGUGCAUCACGAGCUGCCAGUCAGGCAUCACAGCGAGGCUGGGACCCUAUACUUGGUGGGUAUCAAGCAAGGGARAGAAUGUCGAGAGCCCCCACCCCUGGGGAUUURCACAUGGAACAUUCGUAUUUACCAAUGGAYUUGAACAGCGCRUCAUCUGAAAACAGCUCAGUGAUUGGCUUAGACGAUGAUAACAUUGAAUAUUCCGAUGAUGAUACCAAUGRAUAUGAUGUUGAUGGAACUAAGUGUGACAGUAACGGAGAUUACGUGACACAACAUGCAAAUGAGGAUCUAGCCACUGGAACUCAUAUCAGACCAGAGUCUAGAAGUCAAGAAAAGUCAGAAAAUAGAAUAGAAGUUACGAUCUUUGAAGCAAAUAAUGAGAUAAGCGACAGUGAGUCGGU